CAUUGACAUUAAAUAUAGUAUGCUUAUGAUGAGUUUCAUGACUUUCGCCGUGCGAGAUAGCAUGAAAGUCAAUCAAAAUAUCAAAGAUGCAAUAUUCCAUUUUUGUAAUAAACAUAUUCUUAGCAUUCUUCAUCACUUACACUUAGAUGCAAGUGUUGUUAUUGACAUAGAAGAUACAGUCUACAUUCCAAAUGAAUUCAACAACAGUUUAAUAUCAUUGAUAUUUUUAGGUGACAUAGACGUAGCUACUACAAUACCAAGAAAAGUACAAGACGUAUUAAAGAAAACCAAUAUAUCUGGAGUAAGAGAUAUCCUUAAUAACUCACGGAGAAUUGUUGUGGGAACUGAAGCAUUAAAUAAUAGGCCUUAUAUGGUUUACUUAAAGCUACCAUCAAAUAAUCCAAAAUAUAAAGACUAUCGCCGGUGGCUCUGCGGUGGUGUGAUCAUCCAUGAAGAGUACGUUCUAACAUCUGCUGCCUGCAUCGAAGACGCUAAACAUUUCUACAUCGUUUCGGGGACAUACAGGCACGAUGAAGCUGACGAUCGGUUUACUAAUCCCUGUAUCAAAAAUGGAGCAAAAAAGGCAAUUUGGAAAUGUAUACCUCGAAAUUACGUAUUCGAUGGCCACGAAAACGAUAACAUUCGGUGGAUGAAUAACGACAUCGCCAUCGUUAAGGUUGAGGACGAGUUUGACUUCACCCGGCGCGUGAGAGGCUGUGACUUCGUUCCCCGGCCUAUUUGCUACAAUAACCAGAGUAGUAAGUUGGAAGAACCUGAUAACGCCGCCAGUAUCGCAGGAUGGGGCAGUACAGAUAGAUAUAAUGAUUGGACGAAUCCAGACAGUUCAAAACAAAAUCUACUGGAGACGUCUGUACAAAUUAUAUCGAAAAAUCACUGCAAAAAGCGAUGGGGCCGUCGGUACCACAAUAUUAUAGACAACUACAUGAUAUGUACCAAAGAUAUUGUUCCCGAUCUUACUGAAAUCUGUGCGGAGAAGUACGUUGACUGCACAGAUGUCCAGUAUUCAGGGUCUGAAGAAGACCGGAGAAGAGUCCUUAAUCCAAGUCAGCUAGUCCUUCAUUCCGCAUACCAUAAUGAUUCCAGCAGGAGACAAGGCACCAUCGGUAGUGGAGGUUUCUGUGAGAACGACCACGGCGGGCCACUCGUAUACGGCGAGGGAGCAAACUCCAUGGUCAUUGGAAUUAUUUCUGCCUGCCUCGUGAAAGAGAAUACCAACAAGUGCUAUGGGCCCUUCCUGUACACGAGCGUCUAUAAGAACAGGGUCCUCAUUAACUGUGCUAUUUAUAAAGAGGCAAAGUCUUCCUGCGACAAAUUAUUCAGGUCAAGUAUAACGCACACGGAAACAGUAAUGAGUUGGGCUGAUCAUCCGGACGGCCCGGCUAAGAACGAAGUAACAAAUGAAAAGGAAAGUCAACAACCACAGGAGAAGCAGGAACAACCGGAACCACAGCAACCACAACAAUCACAGCAACCCCAACAGCCGCAACAACCGCAACAACCGCAACAACCGCAGCAAUCAGAGCUAUCAUACCAACCAGAGCAAUUACACCAACCACAUCAGCCACAGCUACCACGGCAAGCAAAAUUGCACCAACCGCAGAAACCGCAACCACGACGGCUGGAGCCAGUUCAAGAACAAGAAGAAGAAUAUAAAAGGCGUCAGUUUGGCGUCAAUCAAACUCUAUUACUCAACGUAUCAUCUCAUUCAAGAUACAAAUCCGAUAACGCACAACAACACAGUGGUAUAGUCGUCAGAUCAUUCGAUGAAACAACAAAGUCAAACAAUCUAAAUAGCACCGCCCAUUGA